AUGGGGUUCUUCUCCGCUGCGAUCAAGAGCAUCGCUCCUAUAUUCAUCAUGACCUCGCCCGUCACCUCCUAUGCCGACCAGAUCUACUCUAUCCAUAAGAACCGCUCCUCGGGCGGUUUUUCCCUCGACAUCCCUCUGAUCAUGCUGUUGGCUUCGAUAUUGAAGAUCUUCUACUGGUUCGGCGCGCACUUUGCGCUGUCGCUCCUCACGCAAGCCAUUCUCAUGAUCAUCAUGCAGUGCCUGCUGCUGCACGUCGCGCUGACGCACCGGCCGCCGUCGGCGGCGCAUCACACGCCGUUUGCGCCGGCUCCCGCGCCGCGCCCCUACAAUUUCUGGCAGUGGCGCCCGCACCGCACCUACUGGGUCUUCCUGGCCUACUUCACCGGCGGCCUCUUCGUCCUGCACAUUCUGAUCUCGCCGACUUCCUCGUUCCCCGCCUACACCAACAUGCUCGGAUACCUGGGCCUGGCGAUCGAGGCCACGCUUCCGCUGCCGCAGAUCAUGACGAACCAGCGCAGUAGGAGCACCAAGGGUUUCAGGCCUAGCGUGCUGCUGAACUGGCUGGUCGGUGACGUGUUUAAGAUGGCCUUCUUCUUCCUCAGCGGUGACGGAGAGGUGCCCUGGGCGUUCAAGUUCUGUGGUCUGUUGCAGGCUUGCUGCGACGCUUAUCUGGGUGUACAGUGGUGGAUGUUUGGAAAUGGGCCUUUGGAACCAACUGGGACAUUGGCAAAGGAGAUCAACAUCCCCCUACGGGAUAUUUAA